AUGGCUCGGUCUAUUCCGUGCUCGUUAAUCGGGUCGCUAGACGGCCAUGCACGCGUCGCAGCAUCGAGAACCAGCACGCCGCCUGAGUGCGCCCCAGCGCGUUCCCGCCACGUGCUUUCUCUUCCUUCACUAACCACACACGCGGCGGCCUCGGCUUCUCAGGCUCUUCGAUGCGCUUCACCUCCGCCGCAGCGCCUUUCCGUUCCGCCUUGCUGCGCGCAACUCUCCGCCAUGGCGGCGAUGCGCGCACAGCCUAACCGCGAGAACUAUCACCGCGCAGACGCGGCGCAGUCCCGGUGCUUCGAGGCGGCGAGCGUCGGAAGCACGACGAGAGAUAUCCGUUCCUUGCAAACGCAUUUGCGUUUGCAUGCGCAGCCCUCCCGGCAUCGCGCGCGGUGCGCUGCCAUUCCGCCAGACGCUGCCGCCGCCCUUGCAGAACAAAUCGCCUCCGCCGCUCAUGUUGCCGACGCAGCUGCUAGCCUAGCAGACUCGUCCCCCGCCGCUACCGCUGCUGCUGCUGCUGCGUCGGGUGACCUGGGGGUGUCUGGAGGCGGAGGACGGUCGGAGCUGAUCCCCCUCUUCCCCGUCUUCCCCCUCUUCAACCUCUUCCCCCUCUUCCCCCUCUUCCCCCCUAUCCACCCCAUCCUCCUCAUUGUCAUCCCCCACCCACUGUACCAUCCCUGUCCGUGCCUUCCCCUCUGUCGUCCCUGCACCAAUCACCACGUGCCAGCUGGCGUGAUCCCGUUCAUCGUGGCGUCCAUUGAGUUCGGCAAGCGCAUUGUGAGUCACCUUCCCCCCUGUGUGUCGCCCUGUGUGUCUCCCUGUGUGUCGCCCUGUGUGUCACCCUGUCUCAUCACCUGCUUGCGGCGCAGCGGCGCUGUGAGGCGUGUCGGGGGUCGGGGCUGCAGCUCGUGGGGCGCUUCUACCGCCGCUGCUCCGCCUGCGGUCAGUGUGAAGGGGAGUGUGAAGGGGAGUGUGAAGGGGCGUGGCACGUGUGGGUGGGUGUGGCAUGCAUGUGUGUAA